AUGACUAGAUGUGUUAUUCUAUGUGUCUCUCUUCUGGUCUCUAUCGGCCAUGUUCAAAGUAAAAGUAACUGUGGAAAAAAUAGUGAAGAUCGAACAGGUUGUCCUGGGUGGUGGACAGGUGGGGGUGGAGGUGGAGGCAGUGAUACAACAGAGGCCUCAAGUACAACAACUACGACACCAGCACCACCAUCUACUACAGCGGCUACUACAACCACCAUCACACAACCGCCUACAACAACAACGGAACCACCGACAACAACCACAACCCCCACCACAACGGAACCACCGACAACAACGACAACCCUCACCACCACUACACAGACAACCACCACACCGGAAACCACCACCACAGGAACAACAACAACCACAGCUCCUCCGAGAGUGUUUUCUACGGCAUUAGAAAUGUCAACAUUUAUCGAGGACACUUUCAUAAAGUCCAGUAAGACUUACAACAGUUUGAUUUUUCCUCGAAACAAUUUCAAUAAAACCAUAGAAGUGGACAUCAAUUUUAGUUUAAUAGCAAUCACAGAGUUAAAUGAAAUAGCUGGAACGCUGGAGGUGAUUGGGAUACUGACUCUGACUUGGUAUGAUGAGUUAGUGGAUGAUUCUUAUGAUAGUGACGCCCAUGGUAAAUUCUCUGAAAUCGCUAUACCUCAUAGAUUUGUCUGGAAACCUCCCGUCUCUCUGUUCAAUUCGGCGUCAGCCAUUGUUCCCGUUGGGGAUGAUUCUAACUAUGUUCGAAUGUACAGGAUCACAGAUCCGACUGAUCCCUACAACAAUCACGGUAAAAUGGAAUGGAGACCUGGUGUGGUGACAAAAACUGGAUGUGUAGUGGAUGUGGCAUAUUUCCCCUUUGAUAGACAGACCUGUAACAUUACCUUUACACACUGGGGUUACAGUGAAAAAGAAGUUGUGUUUGUACCCACUGCAUCAAGUUUGGAUCUGAGAGAUUAUGCACCAUCAGACGAAUGGACCCUCUCAAAUACAAAACUGAUUGUUGAAACUCUGGAUGGUGGUUCUUUUGUCAAAAUGGAAAUAACGCUGGCACGAAAGCCAACAUAUUAUUUGGUGAAUUUUUUCUUGCCCAUUAUCAUCUUGGGUAUUCUAAAUGCCUUGGUUUUUGUCCUUCCUCUUGAGAGUGGAGAAAGGGUCGGUUACUCCGUCACAGCAUUUUUAGCAUUUGCAGUUUACUUAUCCUUAAUUGCAGACGGAAUGCCUAGAACAUCUGAGCCAAUGGCAAUCCUUAGUUACUUUCUUAUGUCAAUGGUAGUUGUUAGUGCCGUGGCUACCAUCAUAACUAUCUUCACACUCCGCGUCUACCUGAAGGAUGAGGAUGAUCCUGUACCUUCGUGUCUUGCCCUCUUCAUCGCGUGUCUUAAUUGUCGAGUCUGCAGGAGGGAUGAUGACGACGAGGAGGAAGAAGAGGAGAUGCCAUUAUUAACUACAGAUGAACUCGAGUUAGAAAGAAUGAGACAAGGAUCAGCUAGGAAAUCGCGAUUAGCUGUUGAUGACAUUGAGAGUUUUUCAAUCGAUGAUUCCCCUGAGAAUCGCUAUGACGUGGACUGGAAGCUUGUGGCCAGCACUUUGGAUGUGUUUUCUCUUCUAGCUAUUCUAGGAGGAAGUGCGGCCAUUGCAGUUGUGUUUUUGGUUCCAUUGGUUGCUCAGAUGUAAAACGCUAUUUUUAAUAAAUCGUUAAGUUUCUGGUAUGCUAGUUUCAACAUAAUACUUUAUACAGGAAAAUUUUCACCCCCCUCCGUUUUAUUUUCGCCCCUUUUGCCUUAAACUCGGUUCAGCGAAUUUAAAAAUGGGCGAAUUCAAAGAAUACAGUAUAAUUUUUAAACAAAAAUUUUGUGACAUACAAACAAAAAAAUGUGACUUGGCAAAAUUUAAAACGGAACAAUAUUAUUUGCAAGUGUGAAAGGGCGAAAAUAAAGUGGAGAGAAAAUAAUUCUGUAUGCAUUAUGUUUUUAAAACAUCCACAUUUACACUCAAAUACACUAUAAAGUAAUCAUACAUUGUCAUUUCUUAUAUAUUUCAUUCUUUAAUCAUAUUUGAUUUGACAAGUAGGAUAUAUUUAAUAAUUAUCCUAUAGAGGGCUAAAUUAUCUGUGGUUGAUGUUUCAUGUGUAUUUAGAGGAUACUCAGUACAGGAAUUGUAAUUUGUUUUAUAGAUGCGAAGCACAAG